AAAGUAAUUCGGAAAAUUAUGGAAGAAAGAGCAGAGAUGAUAUUGGUAGCGCCAUACUGGCCACGCAGGCCAUGGUUUGCAGAAAUACUACAACUAUUGAUACAAAAUCCGUGGAGAAUACCAUCAGCAAAGAUGAUUCUCAUUCAAGGAAAGGUUCAACAUCCAAAGCCAAAUUGGUUAAAAUUGACCGUUUGGCGAUUGAAAGGAUCAAAUUAGCAAAAGAUAACCUUCCUAAGGAAGUAAUUUAUACCAUUCAAGCAUCCAGGAGACCAUCAACAACACGUAUUUAUAAUGCUACUUGGAAUACGUUUGUAAAGUGGUGUAUAGAACAUCAUAUUGAUCCUACAUCAGCUAAUGAAAUUGAAGUACUGUUGUUUCUUCAGGCUGGGUUAGAGAGAGGUCUUGCACCCUCUACAUUGAAAAGACAAGUAGCAGCACUAGCUACAGUUUUAGAAGGACGCAAUAAAAAAUCUCUUAGUCAAGAUAAGAGAAUUAAAUCAUUCCUAAGGGGUGCAACGAAUUUAAGACCACCUAAGAUUCACAGAUAUCCUUCAUGGGAUAUUAAUUUAGUAUUACAGGCUCUUACAAAGUCGCCAUUUGAGCCAGUAGCUUCAAUAAGUAUAAGAUGGCUAACAAUAAAAUUAGCAUUCUUAAUAGCAAUAACAUCGGCACGUAGAGUAUCAGAAAUUGCAGCUUUAUCUAUUAGGAAUGAUUUGUGCACUUUUUACCCAGAUAGGGUAGUACUAAGACUAGAUACAACAUUCAUACCGAAAAUAAAUUCUUAUUUCCAUAGAGCUCAAGAAAUAGUUCUACCAAAUUUCUGCCCAGAUCCAAAACAUACAUUGGAAAAAAUGUGGCAUACUCUAGAUGUACGUAGGACUUUAAUAAGCUAUAUGAAAAGAACUGCAACAUUCCGUAAAACGGAAGCAUUAUUUGUAUCCUUUUUACCUUCCUCGAUGGGAAAAAAAGUAUCUUCCAAUACAGUAGGAAGAUGGAUUAAGGCAUGUAUAUCAGCAGCAUAUGCUUCACAAGGGGUAAAGGUACCUAGUAGAGUGUUACCUCACUCAACACGUAGUGUAGCGACAUCAGCUGCAUGGGCCACACAGGCAUCAAUAGAAGAAAUAUGUAAGGCAGCUACAUGGUCUUCUAUUUCAUCAUUUGUAAAACACUAUAAAAUAGACUCAUUUGCAUCAGCUGAUGCAGCAUUUGGAAGAAGAGUAUUACAAUCAAUAAUUUCCCCACGACAACAGGAAAAAGACUUAGAAACCCACCCUAUUUAAGAAAAGCUUGGGUAUAUCCCAAGAGUAAAGAAUGUCGGAGCAACGAUGCAUGAAAAUGGAACAUUGUCUCACCUGAAUGUUCAUUUUAUGAUCGUUGCGACGACAUUCUGACCCACCCUUAGGGUUCUAGUAUGGUGGUCGUGGGGGGUGUUUUUUCAUUACUCCUUCUGCAGUUGAUAUUCCGUGAAAAGCAUGUAAAGAAGUCAAGAAGUGACAUCGUGAAAAGAACUGAUCAUGCGCAGAGGGAGGAGGUGGAACUAGGCUGCAGAGGGAGAAAAAGUUUGAUGAGCACUCAGUGAAAUCCAAUCGAAGUGAAGAUGUCCCAAGAGUAAAGAAUGUCGUCGCAACGAUCAUAAAAUGAACAUUCAGUGCACAACACUGCUUUCAAAAAGACAUAAAGUCUUUAAAGCCACGGUGAGGAGAAAAGGCAGCCUAAAGAUGGCUGCCACAAAGCUGGGAUAAAUGAAGAAACAACUGAGACUGGUGCUGGAGUGAAAAUCUUCCCU